ACUGGACCACGGAAGUCUUUCCUAACUUCUCAUUCAAGUGGGAGGGGAAACAAGUUUUCACCAUGGAGAAAACUUUCCUGUCAGUGUUCCUGGUCCUCGUGGCUGUCUCUCAUACUAUGGCUAAGGACAUUUCUGCCAAAACCGGAGGGAAAAAGGAAGUAAAGGAGACUCACACAAAAUUUCCCCAGACUCUCUCCAGAGGCUGGGGGGAUAAUCUUUUCUGGACUCAGACGUAUGAAGAAGCCUUAUACAAAUCUAAAAGCAGCAACAGACCCCUGAUGAUUAUCCACCAUUUGGAGGAAUGUCCACACAGCCAAGCUCUGAAGAAAGUGUUUGCCGAAAGCAGUGAAAUCCAGAAAUGGGCAGACAAGUUUGUUCUUCUGAAUCUUAUUUAUGAAACAACUGACAAACACCUUGCACCCGAUGGUCAAUAUGUCCCAAGAAUUAUGUUCAUUGACCCUUCCCUGACCGUGAGAGCUGACAUUACUGGGAGAUAUAGCAACCGCCUCUAUGCUUAUGAGCCUUCAGAUGCUGCCUUGUUGCUGGAUAACAUGAAGAAAGCUCUGAAGCUGCUGAAGACUGAACUGUAAAAACAAAACCAACCAAAGAGUUGACAGGCGAGAUACCUGUUCCUUUUCCACCCAGUCUUCUUGGAGCCCAGAAGGGUGAUUUUUAGCUUAAAAUGAGGAAGGCUGACGCACUGGUCCCUGGUGAAACUAGGAUUACGGUUUAGUGUUGUAGUAGGUUUCUUUUUUUUUUUUUACCGACUACUUUUUAAAAGCUGCGUUGUAUGCUUCAACAGUAAGCCAUGAUUAUUUUUUUAAUAAAUCCUCUUUGGGGGUGUUCGAGCUA